AUGUACAUCAACUCUGCCAACAACUCCACCCUGUCCUCGUCAGAAAGCAAUGUCAUCUGGAAGCAAACGGCCGAAGCCCUAGCAUUCAUCCACUCCAAGUACAUUGUCCACGAUGACGUUAAACCUGAUAACAUUAUCUUUGCCCCUGUUCCGCAACCACGAGCGGUGCUCAUCGACUUUGGAGCCGCUCUCAUCAACCCCUCAACAUUACCUCUGAAUGGAUGGACGCCCUCUGGAACACCGCCAUAUGCACCUCCAGAGUUCUUCCAGAAGUGCAAAGACUUUGCAGGCGAUAUCUGGAGUCUUGGUGUGACGAUGUUGUUUUGCUUCGGACAUGUUCCACUGCCUGCCGGAGAUUGGAUUCUACCGCACGUUUUUGAAGAUGAGGAUGUGAAGUCGGAGAUGGUGGCUUGGUUGAACGAGAUCGAGGAGUUGAGAAGCACUGUUGGCGAUAAGGGCAAUCGAUUGUUGGUGGAGAUGCUGAAUUCGGAUCCUUGUGCGAGAAUCAAGAGCGAAGAGCUCUCAGUACGUCUUAGUGUAUAG